AUGCCUUCUACGUUCAGAGCCUCGCGCUCAGGGCGACACCUUGACGGUGCCCCGAACCGUACCCGAACCGGCCAAAUCGAUCACGAUGUCUUUGAGGGAUUGCCAGUGCGUCGCUGGUCCCGACAACAGCACACCUUCUCUCAAGCGCCCAAAACCGAGGACUCGGAAUUUGGCAUUCAGGGUCCAGGUGGAGGGCCAACGCUACCAGAGCUCCCAAUGCCAAGAGACAGCCAGCUCUUGCCGCCAACCAGUCGCGCACUCCUUCGAGCAGCCCGUGCCGGAUGUAUCCAUAUUCGCCAGGGCAGUCGAGCAGCUGAUGAUGGGGAUAAAAGUGUGGUAGAUGCGGAAGACUCGGCCUCUGCAUCCCAUAUGGCCGACCGGAGCUUCACAACUCGCAAAUGGAUGACACUUCCUAAGCACCUCGAGCCUGCGGAGGUUGAAUUUCUGGCAAAGAGGCGUCCUGGUCUUUUAUCUCUUUAUGGUGCCGCUGCUGGUACAGAUGGGUCAGCUUCUGGACCUAUGAGGAGGACGAAAUUCAAGAAGGUUGAUCCUGAAACAGGCAACAUCUCUAUCUACGAGGCGUGGGUGCCUGAGGGACACCGCAUUGAAGGAGAGAUUACUGGUGAUUUACAGACUAUUGCCGAGCACAGUCAAGUGCCUGUGAAGCCCGAGGCGCCUGCACCUGGAACAGUCGUCGAGGGGGUCGGCAUUGUCAAUGCGGAGGGUGUUGUUGUUGCGGAGGCUGGUUCAGCGGCUGUCAUGACACCUCCAAAGCGACGUCCACCUCCACCGAAACGAAAGGGCAAAGGCAUUGGAAAGGGCCGGAAGAAGAAGGUCAUGUUUGCGCCUGGCGAAGGCGCUGAUGCCGCGACAGUACACGGAGUUGGCCCUGCUACUGGCAAUGGGGAGGGUGGCUUCAAGAGAGAAGGCCAGGAUGAUGCUUCGCACAUGUCCAUAGACCAGGGUGGUCAAGAUGAAGACGACGAAGACGGCGACGAGGGUGAUGAGAGUGACGAUGGUGACGACUCCAUGAUGGACGCGAAGACUCCUGAUACCCCCCAGCCUCUGUCUGGCACAGAGUUUGCGGAUCAGCCUUCAGUCGAAACUCCUGCCGAGCAGUCAGUUGAUGUCGACAUGUCAGAUGCCAUCCCUGAAAAUCAGCCUCCUGCCCCGGAAAUUUCUCCAUUAGCCGAAGAUGGCAAGCAAAACCAGCCCGAAAAGACCUCAGAGGUGGAUUUCGGCACCCUGACUUCCAAUGUUUCUUCGGAGAAGGCUGAGGCCACCGAAUCAAAUGAGAAGCCUGUCAUUUUGGAGUAUGACAAGACUCCCACUUCUCCCGCCGGAACUUCCCUAACGCCGAGUGAACCCACCGAGCUUUCAGCUGCGGUUGGCGAAGCCCAAAACUCAGAUGCCAAAGUGCAAGAGGAGGAAGCCAUAAAUACAACGGGUGAUCUUGCACCAAAGGAAGAACCUGCUCUUCCAACCCAGCAAGAAAACGCGACUGCCCUGCCACCUGUCAGCCGCGAAACAUCCCUAGAACCCCCAGUAGCACGUGAGCAUUCAGAACCCGAGCAGACUGCGGCAUCGACCGAUGUCUUGGCAGAGACUCGGGAAUCCCAACAGAUUCCAAGCGAGUCUAUUCCCCACCCUGGCACACAAGAACAGCCCUCGACGGCUACCGAGCGCGAACAACAGAGCCCCUCCGAUGCUUCGAGGCCCAGUUUACAACCAGAAGAAGCAAAAGAUAUCGAGAUGGGAGACGCCCCGGCACCGGAAGAAAGCCAAGGGGUAGAUCAUCAGUCUUCUGCAAGCCCAGACUUGCCUCAAGCACCGCCACCUGCGGAGAGUUCGGAGCCCCAGCCCGCUCCAGCGGAUUCCACUACAGCUGCUGCCGCAGAACCCACUCUACUAGAAAAGCCAACGCCCACCGCAGACGAAAAGACCGAAGUAGCAACCGAAACAAGUGUCCCUGAUCAAAGUGCCGCCCCCGAAGCAGAGCCGCAAGAAGAUUCUCCGUCUACGGAAGCUGAGCAAGCCAAGGACGAACCCGAGCAGCUCCCAGAGCUCCCAGAUACGAUCCCACAGGCUGGUCCGUCUGAGUCUACAUAA